ACACACCUGUUAGCUCUCAGAGGACAACAACUGGCAGCGACUCUAGAGGCGGUGUUACUCUGUGUCCCCACCUGAGUGAUCAGACCUGUUGUUAUUGUGCUUAACAAACCGGUAGAGUAUAUAGCCUUCUGCUCAACUAAUUGUGGCAGAAUGUCUUCUGCGUCAACGAUGUCGGGAAUUGCGUCGAAGCUUCAGCACGACCGGGAGAAGGCUCAGGGCAUCGGAUCAAACUCGCAUGCAGUGAAGUACCUGGGUCAGGAUUACGAUGUGCUGAGAAAGCAAUGCCUUGAGUCUGAGCGGCUGUUUGAAGAUGAUACAUUUGAGGCAGAAGUGUCCUCUCUUGGAUUUAAGGACCUUGGACCUGGCUCAUAUAAAGUCCGGGGUGUCACCUGGAAGCGACCCACGGAGCUAAGCCGGAACCCUCAGUUUAUUCUUCAAGAUGCCACCAGAACAGAUAUCUGCCAAGGGGCUCUCGGGGACUGCUGGCUUCUGGCAGCCAUUGCCUCGCUGACCCUCAACAAACAAGUCCUGGCUCGUGUCGUUCCCUCUGACCAGAGCUUUGACCAGGGCUACGCUGGGAUCUUCCAUUUUGAGUUCUGGCAGUUUGGGGAGUGGGUGGACGUGGUGAUUGACGACCGUCUGCCCACCAAGGAUGGAGAGCUGCUGUUUGUUCACUCGGCAACCGGCUCUGAGUUCUGGAGUGCCCUGCUGGAGAAGGCCUAUGCUAAGCUGAAUGGCUGCUAUGAGGCUCUGUCAGGGGGCUCCACCACUGAGGGCUUUGAGGACUUCACGGGCGGGAUCGCUGAGGCCCACGACCUCCAGAAGUCCGGACCGGGACUCUUCAAGAUCAUCAAGAAAGCUCUGAACAGAGGCUCUCUCCUGGGAUGCUCUAUUGACAUCACCAGCUCAGCUGAUUCAGAGGCCAUUACAUCACAGAAGCUGGUGAAGGGACACGCCUACUCUCUAACUGGAGCUGAGGAGGUGCGCACCAGAAACGGCUCAGAGAAGCUCAUCCGCAUUCGCAACCCCUGGGGCCAGGUGGAGUGGACAGGAGCAUGGAGCGACAGAUCCUCUGAAUGGCGCUCCGUCGACGAUGAGGACCAGGACCGACUGAAGAAGGCCUCGGAGGAUGGAGAGUUCUGGAUGUCUUUCUCUGACUGGAUGCGUCACUUCUCGCGUUUGGAGAUCUGUAACCUGACUCCUGACGCCCUCUCUGAUGAUGAGGUGGAGAAAUGGUCUCUCUGCAAAUAUGAAGGAACCUGGAGGAGGGGCUCAACUGCUGGAGGCUGCAGGAAUUUUCCA